UGUAUGUCUCCGCUGAUAACCAUGAAUAUACUUUAUUACCAGAUUUUUGAAUGGUGUUCGGUCGUAAAGUCUCCGGCGGAAACCAACUGUGCUAAACUGACUCCAGACCAGCUAAGUGAGUUAGCUUUCACCUUACCCGGGAGCCUUGAAUAAUAUACUGCUUUGAACAGUCACUGUAUACAGACGGCUGGACAAGAAAUAUACUGAAGGAAAAGGAGGCAUUAUGGACUGAAGAUAUGGAGUCCAGCUGCUUGAUUGGUGAAUUACUAUCUCCUGAGUCGACGGUGACCUCACUACUUUCAAGCUCAGGUCACCUGAGGAGCAGCCUGCAGGCUUCUGAACACAACGCCACCUUUGGAUAUAAACACAAGAACUAUGACUCAGCCACAGCGGCGCUGGAUGCCUACAUUGCAGACUUUGAGAGAAGUCGUCAGAACAGCAAGUCGUUAACAGGAAAACUGGUUCUGCCUCAGAGUUCCCCCUCCACACCAUGCAGACCCAGAGUGAGCAUGCUCAGAAACAGAGAUGUUCUUAGGGAGCGUUUGACAGACAGGGAGCUGGACUUCCUGAACCUCCCCGUCAGCUCUCUCCAUCACCGCAGCAACCGAGACAGACUCUCAAUGACGACAGACGAGCUGCUGUCUAUCCCUUACGAUGGCUCGAUGCCCAUCACUCACACCUCCGCCUUCAUGCAAGGCCUCCUGUCCCGGUCUGGAGCCUCCCAGCCCUGCCCCUUGUCCAGACCAACACACAGAACCUGGGACAGACUCAGCAGCAGUCUUCCUGCUCCCCGACCGAACCAUCACCACCCUCAUCCAACCAGGAUGCCAAGGAGUUCCAGGUGCAGAGAAAGACCAGAGGCAGCCAUGUUGAAUCCAGAUGUUGAUAUCCCCUCAGUCAGCUGCUAUAAGCAGUCUGCACACAGAGUGGGAAGGUCAGAGUGGGCAGAGCCAUCUUCGUCCCUCCACCUCCCUCGCUGGUUCACCAGUAACAAGACCGACAUGGACUGUUCAGGAAUCACCAGCGUGGCGGACCUAAAGUACCCAGCCUGGAUCCAAUGGUGUGAUAUCAGCGAGCCACCACCACUCACAGAGUCAGAACUGUGGGAUGACCACGGUGUUCUUCCACCUGUAUCUCCCAGAAGAGGAGCUCCAUCCUGGGUGGCAGAGUUGGAGGAUGAAGAUCCCGACCAGACACCUGCAAAGGGUGAUAGCCAGCAGACUCUCAGAGAUCUGAGGCUUCAGUUUGCUGAAGAGAUUUCUCUACUCGCUGCAGAGAGAAACAGCUCUGACGUCAUGGAAACUCUGUUCAGAGACAACAGGAUUGAGUCUCUGAUCCAGAAGGCGGACCAGGUGUUGAACCGUCUGUCUCAGAGUUAUGGAGGAGCAGACUGUCCCGCAGAUCCAGUCAGUCCUACUGAUCAUGUUGAGGAAGCUGUCAGUCCAGUGAACACUGAGGAGCUGCUGCUCUGUUCCUCCUCACACUGUCCUCCAUUCUCUAGGGAUUCAGCAGCAGUUGCAGGGGCUAUCACAGAGGCUCUGACUGACAGAAGAGCUCAGGCUUGGGGAUCUGGCCUCCAUGGAGACAGCACCUUUAAGCAGCCUGGUCCCGUGGAGGCUCUGAAACAGAUGCUGUUCAGACUGCAGGCAGUGGAGGCAGAGCUUCAGCGACAACCGCAGGCAUCAGCAGCUCCAACACUCACUGACAGGCUGCAGACAGUUGAGGUCAAACAACAGAGGCCUGAAGGUAAAGCAAAGCUGGAGAGUUUUCCAGGUGGACCGUCACUACAGAGAGCUCUGCAUCACCUGAGCCGUCUGAAGGUUUUGGUGGAAGAACCCAGAGAGAAACGCACAGAGGAAAAAGAAGAGAAAGGCGCAGAGGAGAAGGAUGAAGAUGAAGGACGGUAUUCCUCUUCUUCUGCUGACGGGCUCAUCUGCGCUCAGCAGAAACCCUCCUGACGCUAAAGGCUUGUUUACAAGAGCAAAGAGACUUCCUGUCAGUGUUCUCACUGUCAUCUAGUUAGUGUUUCCUGUCACGUCCAGCAGCAAAAGGAAGCAGCAAAUGAUUCUGGAUGAAGUCUGCUCUGGAAUUUUAUUUUAGGUGAAAAAAUGCAAUUCAUGUAAACAAUAACAGUGCAGAGGCCAAACCAGACUCAUGAGGAAAUUCAGGAAAUGUGUGUUGAAGUUAUGUGAAGUGUUAACAGUGAAGGACGCUGUGAAACUUUGAGCGCAGUUUUUAACCACCAUAACAGAGAUGGAAAAUAACCAUUGUCCAUGAAAGGAACAGUCUAGAACAGAGUCAAAUGAGGAUGGUUUCAAUAUUUCUUUUUUACAUUUUUUUUUUUAAAAGAUGUAACUUGUAAAUCAGACAGCUUAAAAGUUUUGAGGUUGGAUAUUUUUUGUAUUUAACGGAGCGAGGCCCCUGCUUCCAGUCGUGGUGCUAAUGCCCAGAACCUAUUUCUGCAUUGUACACAGAGCUGAAACUGUUACCCAUCUUUUCAUCUAGCUCUGUAGAAGUCACAAAAAUGAGAGGCUUUAUCUUAAUGUCACAGUGUUGCUCUUUAAAUGCCAAAUGAGAAUGGAGCUCUGCAAAGUUUCAUCAGGCUCCCUCUGAGAGAAGAAAUGACCAGAAAGACAAAAUGUCAGCAUCUUACUGCAUACUUACUGCACUCAUACUGCAAGCACCUGUUCAGCUGCUGAGGAAGUGAAAGUGUCCAAUUGACAAGUGAAUGUGCCAAUAUGAAAGGGUUAUAAAAUGUCUAAUUGUUUGUUACUGUACUGAAAGGCUAACAGCAAGACUCUGGACAUGGCAGGGUCACAAUGCUAGUUGGACAGCUUUAAUAUUCAUUAGCAUGUUAGCAAAGUACUAAUUCUAAGCAUGUUGAAUGUGUUAGCAUAUUAACCUGCUUAUUUUUUUUGUUACAAUAACAUGUAACUUGCUAAAUGUUAGCAUGUUAACAUCCAAUGCCGUUUAUGAUGACAUGCUAACUUGAGCAUGUCAAAAUAUAAUGUUAACAUGUCAUCUGUAAGUGAAGCCCCAUUACCAAGUUAACAUUUGCAUUUGAACAUACCAGCAUUAGCAUAUUAUAAUGCUUAAUAUUACAUGUUCAUGUUAGCAUGUUACCCAUGAAUCACAGUAAAUGUUACAUGUUGUUAAAUGUCAUACAAACUUUAGCAUGUUAGCAUGUCAUAAUGCUAAAUAAUACAUGCUGAAAUGUAGCAUAUUAUGCCGCUAAAAACUAGAAUGUUACAUAAGAAUUUUUAAAAAAUGAGUGUCCAGCGUACUCACAAUGAAAGUCCAUGGCUUCUUUGGCCACUGUACAGAGGAUAAUGCUGCGUUCACAUUGUACAGGAUUUACCACUUUCUGGGAUUAAUGGGUAUAGUGCUGAAUUGAAUGUACACUGUAUUUUUAUUCAUGGUUUUUUCACCAUCCAAUUAUGUGAAUAUUCACAGGCCGUAGACAUGGGAGUCUUUCCCAUGUCUACCAUCCAUCAGAUAUGAUCUGAACACAACACAAACACUCUGUCCUCUGGACAAACCUCAACUAGUCGAGUAUUGUAUUUACUGGUGUGUUAAGAUUAUUGCAGCCUCACACUGUUGUGCCUACAGACUCUUAGCUUUGUUUCGACUUUAUGAAAUACUCAGUAUGAUUUGGAGAGGAAACAGAAAAUUAGAUUAUUGAUCUAGCAGUAUUUUUAUUCACAUUUUUGUCUUUCAGGUGACGAAGACAGACUAUCAGGUUUUUCUCUUCUGCCUUAAAGUCGAAACCACUUAAGUGCCAUGUCAGCAUUUGGGCAGACAGAUGACCUAAACAUGAGCAGAUAUUUAUUUUGUACCAGAUGUGUGUUAAUGGUUAACACAAAGUGUUUUUAUUUCCAUGUAGCAGCCUUCUCUCCGGUUGCUCUGAGAUGAUUUGUCUUUUAACAGUUCACAAUAAAGCAUAUCUUGCUUUAUACCUUCAUGGUGUCAGCUCAUUUUUAGAUUUAUUUGUUUUUUCCUUGAAGUGUGGUGAAAGUUAGUGGGAGGCCAAAGAGGACAUUCAUCUCCUGUGACUGGUUUCCAUGAAGUUAGGAGCCUUGUGAAGGACAGUUUUUAGACAAAAUAUAAGCAGCUGGAGCCGAAAUAUCCUGGCUGUUAGUUCCUGUAUGAGUCAUGCUCUAAAAACACUGGAUUGUACAUUUUUUAAUUUCCCUCCAUAGCAUUGUUUUGUUAGACACUCCCUCCUUCAUAAGAAAGUACUCCUAGUUUGUAAUGCGGUAUUUUAAUUAUUAAUUUGAUGUCUUCCAGAUAACCCUAAUGACAUCAAGGUUAUGUUUAUUUUCUUGACAAAGCUCCUCAAGGAGUACUAACCAUGAUCAGCAAACUGAACUUCAGGCGUGAAGUCUGUGGACUGCCCUUUAAGUGUCCAUAACCACAUAUUUUUAUAAUGUAUGAAAAGUGAAGGCUCUGUCUCUUGUGACAGUAGUACACAUCAGCAGAGAUUUGGACUCAUGUCACAAAUUUGACCAUUUUAGCCUCAAUUUGAGAAAAACAAAUGAGACUCCAUUGGACUUUAACACCAAUAACUCGAUUUCAUUUGGACUUGAGCCUUUUGGCUUGAAAAUAUUUGAGACUUUCCCCCUAUGCUCAAAGAUUAAAAAGUCAGUUAUUUAAAAAGUGUGCCACGAAUCAGUACAUUUUCUACUAACCUUAACACUUUUCAUUUCCAGCAAAUUGACACCAAGAUAAUCCACUUUGUUUAAACCAAUCUGACAGCAUCCAAGAAAGCUGCAAGAGAGAACUGUGAAGAACUGUCGUUACGUUACUGAGUGCCAGUUGGAAAAAAUGACACCAAAGAUAACUUUGUUGGUGUGCAAAAACUACAUAGUAGUCAACAAAAACUGAAUCGCAGUAUGAAAUAUACAGACAUUGACAGAACAACUUCCAACAAAGUUGUUUGAACAAAUACAGUUCGGUUUAGGACUAGAUGUUACAAUCCCUUGAUGCACAUACAGUACUUGAGACUGUAAGUGGGAGUGAAAGUGCUGUCAGGGGUCCGAGUUGGAGCCAAAGGGUUAGAUGGAUAGAAAAGUAAGAAAAGAGCAUAGGGAAGGCAGUGCCAAGAAGAGAUGUCUGUGAACAGAAUUCUCCCCUGUUGUCUCUGUGGCCAUUUAU